AUGGGGGACAAUUUGCUGGUGGAGCUUCCAGCGAACUUUUCCUUGGACCAUAAGAAAGGCAACCGUCAGCACAUCCCGAAGCAGGGUGCCACACUGCCACAAUGGCUUGUGCUGUAUGUUGUCAAAAAAGGGGUGGAGCAUCAUGCGGAGGCUUGUGUCGCCAUUAGGGCAACACAGGUUUGUUUGAAGGAGGGGGCCCUGAGCCCGGCUGAGGCGCUUCAGUGUCAACAGUGGUUUAAUGACACACGACACAGAAAACGGCCGGGCUCAGAAGGGUCCAGGGGAACAGAAGAAGAGUUCUUUUGUUGGAGUUUUGACCGUCUCUUUGCUUUUGAUGCUCCCAUUUGCUUGCGUCGGGAGCAGUUUGCUGGCAAGCAACUCCAGCGUGGCAGCAGGCCCCCAGCAGAACUGUGCAGUGUGCUGAGUCGGGCGUCAGGAAGCCAUUUGCUCGGAGAUGCUGAGGAGAACACGUUGGCAGAACUUGUGCAGAAGAAGGUUUGGAUGCUGCAGGUACCUGCGGGUUUGGAUAUCCUGUCCCAGGCACAGGCCCAGGACCAUGUCUCAGAAGAUCUGAGGCUUUGGACACCCCACUCGAUUGUGGCGGCUUUGCAUGUGAAAGUAGCAGAGCCUGUGCCCUUGCCUGUGCCAGAGCAAGCGGCACAGGGAAACCCCGACGAAGCCCGUGGCGAUAGUGACGGCGAGGAUCCGGAAGCUGUUCAAGGGGCUGGGGAAGAAUCGCCGCCCCCUGGGGGACAAUCAGCAGCUGUUGCUGCCAGAAUUGAGAAAGUAAAGCAUCCCUUGACCCCCUUGCAAGAAAUCCAGAUUGUUCGCUUGAAUUUCAUGCUACAGAAUCCAAGCGAGUUGCCUCGGGUUGUCAGUUGCGUGGCCAAUUUUCUUGGGCCCUUCACAGGAACAAUCCGGGGAGAUGUCUUGCAGGAGGCCUUGGCUUCUGUGCCGGGCAGAUACAAGGUGAGGCAACAGAUGCUUCGAUUGGAUUGGCUGCACAUGCUGCACAGGCGGUGCGUAAUGCAAGAGCAAGUGCGUGACGGGGACAAGUCUGUGAGCAGGUUCCUGUCCAUGGAUGCCAGUCCACAGGGUGGAUAUGAGUACUUGGCCCUGACUGAGGAAGUUCUGGUUAGGCGUUUGCCGGUCAUUCCUUCUUCCAAUCCGUGGUCCGGCUUCGAGCACGAGUUUCGAACCAUGCCUAUCAUGUCUGCCAUCAUACUGGAGUACGGGCAGGCGAACCUGGACAUGUACCGAAAGCAGGUGAAAGGUUGGGUUUCCGAUCAGGGAACGGAACGUGGCAUCCCUCAUUGGCCAAUGGCAGCCGGCGAGCGAAUGAACGAGCUGGCGGCUGCGUUGCAGGCAGAAGACCAGCCCUCUUUGGAGUUGCUGGCGACUGGAACGAGCCAAGAAUUCUUGUUUAACAGUUUUACACAUGCUGGUUUGCUCCACGUUCUUUUUAAUGCUCUCGAGGAGACCUGCAAGUCCUGCCCCAGGUGGGACCAAGUGGAAAAAGAAGUCAGUGCUGUGAGCAAGUUGCUGACAAACCGUUCCUUUCGUGAGGUUGUUCUUUCCCGGAUGAUGCAAGAGGCGACAGCACAAGAGAAGAAAGUUGUGCAGGGCUAUCAUGGCGAGCUCUUGUCCUGGCGAUGGGAGUCCCUGCAUGAGACCUUGAAGCACUACCUGGAAGUCCGGCCUUUGCUGUCAAAAUACUGGGAUCGUGGGCUUCUGUCGUCUGAAGCUGCUUUGUGUGAUCUUGUCUCGAGUGCACUGCAGGACCCAUUUCAUAUCGCCUACAUCCAGUGGGCGUUUAUGUUUGCGGGCUUUGUGCAGGAACUUGCACAUUGGAGCGAAGGAUGCUUUUGUCACGAUGCUGCCCUGAGGAAAUGCAAAACCAAAGCCAGAAGGGCGUCCAUCAAGUGCCCGUGGAAAGGCCGGCGUUCCAGCGUGCUCUGUGCCGGAUGGAAGGACGAAGUGAUCAGCAGGGUGCAUCGUGUGACCAGCACCAGCUUCACAGAGACCAUGCUCGAACUUCCUACCCAGGUGUCUGCUGCGAUGGCUUUGCUGGACCAACAGGCCCGUGACAAAUGGGCAUGCAUUUUGAAGGAGAAGCUGGAGUACUUGGACCACGUGCCACAUCGGCUGGCAGGGGCCUAUGCCCACCAUGCCAGGCCCGACUUGUAUGGCUUGCAGCACAGCAAGCAGAUUGUGCGGGAAUGUUUUGAGGAGUAUAAUGCUUUGAAAGAGCAGGGUCGAACGAAUGCACUUCUUCAAGGUUUGUUCGAGCGUCGUGGCGAUGCGGGCCUGGCUGACCAAUUGUGGGCUUUUGGGCAAAGUUCACCUGACGAGACUCUGGAGAACUUUCCGUGUGCUUGGGCAGAAAUUCAAGAGCGAGCGUUUUGCUCCAUGGUUGAGCGGAGCACUGAGAGACAGCAUGUUUUGAUCAAGAUCGGGGGCCGGAGAACCCUGAGGUUUGGGGGGCCUGCGAUGACAUGUGUGCGUGCCCGGCGUGCCCAACUGCAGGCGAUGAUCGACGAUGCACGGCAGUGUGCCUUUCUAGCAAGGGAAUGGAAGCGACGAGGGUUGGAAGCAGAUCUUCUUUCCCAUCUGUUGACCAAGGAAGAGUGUGCCUGCAAGACGAAGAGUUACCUGGUGUCCCGGAUUUAUGGCUACAAUGAGGCCGACCAUUUCUUGGACGAUCUGCGUGAAGAGGAGCAGGCGGCCCAGGCAUUGCAAGCAGCCACGACCCUGGCGUUAAAGGCUGGUGACGAACAGCACCAGGUGGCAUCGUCCCUGGACAAACGGCAGUGGAUGAUUGUGGACUACAUCAAAAGCCAGCUCGAGUCUGGCAUGCUCUUCAGUGUGCCGGAGAUGUUGUUUGAUUCACUUUUGCCAGAUGCCGAGUCGGAGGCUUUGCAGGAGGGUGUGAAUUUGGACCUUUGGAGUUUUGUGAAUGCGUUCAUGACAGAGGAGGCCGUCUUCCCCCCCAGCGAGUUGGUGUACUGCUAUGUCUUGGAUGCGAAGCCCGAGAAACGAGCACAGCAAAAAGGCUUGACUCACGUGGACAGGCGUGGCCACAUGAAAGUCCUGAGGUUCUUGAAUGUGGACCUGCAGAGCCCAGCAGAGCCCCGGGUCACAUACUCCCACACGGCCCGGCACACACUGGACUUGCUGAAGCUGGCCACUCCGGCUGGCUUGAAGCUGCUUGAGUCUCAGUGCACACUUUGGGCAUCAACUGCCAAAUCCUUGCAAGUGCAGGUCAUGCCAAUUGAGGGACCUCAGGCGUCGCCGGAUGGUUACCCGUCCCACUCGCUUAGCUUGCCUGCGUUCGUGACCGAUGACGACAUGUUGGAGGAUCUGCGAGGAGAAGCACAGCCUGACAGGCAGGCCCUGUCCGUGGCGGAAGCAUCUCAGCAACAGCCACAGGCCGUGGCAACCCUGGCAGGAAUUCCAACACAGCACGAAGAAGCCCUCCUCCAAACUUUGCUUGAGAGCCGAGCUCUGGGUGAAAACUUUCAGGCGCCUCUUGAUCUUCCGUAUUACAAUACGGAAGCAGCUGCAGGUCUUCACCGUCGAGGUCUCAUCAAGCUUCGUGAGGAUGCUUUUGGCUCAACGGAAAUUGCACUGAGUGAUGCCACGAACGUUGUCAGCGUUUUGAGUCUGACCGACCCCAUAAGUCUCUGUGCGGAUGAGGUUUGCAUGCGAAACCCACCUGGCAGAAACAAGCUUGCCUGGCUGAAAUCCUUGGUUCAGGAUGGAUGGCAGCCAGCUGAUGAUGUCGAGGAUUGGCAUAGAAAAGGUGGUGAGAGGAAGCUGCCUGAAAACAUAAUCCAGCGACCAGAGAGCCACUUGAAGGCACUCCGUGUCCAUGAGAGCAUCUUCGAAAAGCCUGGGGGACUGUUGCGAAUUUGCCAUUCAGGCUCUGCUGCUUUCUACGACUUUCUUUUGACAGCAGCUGAUUUGUCCGACGUGCAGAGUUGGUCAUUGCAGCAGUGCCGUGAGUUUGCUGCAGAUCGAAAGCGGAAAGCUGCCCGGGCAGCACAGGAUGCACAGCAGCGUGGGCUUCGGGCUGUGGAGAAACCUUUGUCGCUGGCUCUGGACUUGCCAGCAGAGCCUUCUGUGCCGUGCCGAAUCCCAGGGAUGCACGACUUUGUAGUCCAUUAUGAUAACUGGACUCACCAGAGUGGCCAUCGGCGAGCUUUCGUUCAGUGCAGGGAAGCAUCUCAUGGCAACUGCAGGAGAUACACUUUCCUGCGACAGCAUUCUGACAAGGCCACUGCGGUGGCAUGGCUGUUAGCGUGGGUGAUGGAAGCUUCGAGAUUUGAGACAGGAUUUUGGGCUUAUGGGUGCUGGGAGGAGCAGGGAGCGGACACCCAGGUGCUGAGGGAAGCUCGUGCAGUCGGUGCCCUGUUUGUCAGUGGCCGGGGCCUUCGGGCCUGCAGGAGAAACAUGCCUGGGCCGAACACGGCAAAAGCAAAAGCGGCUGGGCCGACUGGUGCGGUUGGCGGGGCCGAGAAGCAGCGAGCUUGCUCGGCGGACAGAAAGAGCCCGAGCAACCGGUCCUCCGAAGAGGAGGACAAGAAGGACAGAAAAAGCCGAAGCCACCGGUCAUCCGAUGAGGACGACAAGAAGGACAGAAAGAGCCCAAGCCACCGGUCAUCGGAUGAGGAGAAGAAGGACAAGGAGUCCUCAGAAGAAGGCUCUGGCUCGGGUGAUGGCUCGGGCUCCAAGACCUCGAAGGAUUCCCCGGCUAGGGGCCGUCGUCGGCAAGAGUCGACUGAGACGGAACGGAAGAGCCGCCGAGACCGUAGCCGGAAGCAGUCGCGAUCCGGGAGCAGCGAAAGAGAACGAGGACGUCGGGGCUCUCGCCGUGGGCGAGAGCGGUCAGAGACGACGGCCGAGAAAGAUGAGGGCCGUGAGGGGCAGCCAUCAGAAAUGGUGGCAAAAGGCCGGAAAUCUGAGGAGAGCCAGCGAGGCCGUGACACGGAAAGGGGAGAGGCGGGAGCGGGGAGCUCAAGGCCCAGGUCCUGGUCAUUGGUGACCAAUGCUGCCGACAAGGGCGAGACGGCCCAAGACAAAGGGGGCAGCACGCCCCAGGCCGGGCAGAAGAGGGACCACAGUGAGGAGAUCUUUGGGCCCUUCGGCACUGACGUGCCGCAGUUCACGAUUCGGGCCCUCCCAGCAGACAAGGCCGCUGGCUUUUACAAAGGCCAGUGGCAGGAAGAGAAGGUGCGGUGCCCUGUGUGCUGGCAGGUGAAGCCACGGACAACGAUGUGGCUUCACCUGCAGCAGAACUCGAUGUGCCUUUGGUGGCAAAAAAAGUACCAGGGCAUCGAGUACAAGGCUGAGUUCCAGUGCAUGCACUGCGACAAGAUGUUUUACCAAGCCACAGCCAGGGACCAGCACGAGCACCGCUGCUGGCUCAACCAGCCCCCGGCGGAGCCGAAGGAUCCUCCUCGAGCAAGGGUGGCUUCGGAGCAAGCUGCAGAAGAACAAAGGGCCACUUCUCCAGCUCGGGCAGAGGUCCAAGAAGAGCGACGGGCCAGAAGCCAGCCUGCAGAGGUGCACCUGCGAACAGACUCAAAAGUUCGCAGGGCCAUCCAGCGGCCCCGGGAGGAAGCGGGAGGAGCGAUCCCGGAGCAGGGAACGCUCAAGGCUGCGAGCAUUCGAAAAGCUCCUGGAUAUGGGCAACAGAAUCUUGUAGUUGUGGUUUCACCGCCAGAGUGUCCCGGCAGUGUCCCGGCAGUGUCCCGGCAGUGUCCCGGCCUGUCCCGGCCUGUCCUGGUGUGGGUCCCGGCGUCCCGCCGCGUCCCGCCCACGUCCCGCCCACGUCCCGCCCACGUCCCGCCCUCGUCCCGCCCGCGUCCCGCCCGCGUCCCGCCCACGUCCCGCCCACGUCCCGCCAGCGUCCCGCCAGCGUCCCGCCCACGUCCCGCCAGCGUCCCGCCAGCGUCCCGCCAGUGUCCCGGCAGCGUCCCGCCAGCGUCCCGCCAGCGUCUCGUUAGCGUUUUGCCAGCGUCCCGCCCGCAUCCCGCCCACGUCCCGCCCACGUCCCGCCAGCGUCCCGCCCAUCCAGCCGGCAUCCCGCCACCAGCGUCCUGCCCGUCCCACCCACGUCCCCUCACCCACGUCACGCUUUGGGCGAGAAAUCGCAGCGAGAAGGAGACAGGCGAGACAAAGCAGCAGAUCGUCGAGGACUCUGGAAAAGGGGCCCGUGAGCAGCACCCGCCCCGCUCACGGAGCCCCAGAAACAGGGAAGAGUGGCGAUGGUGCUGGCGUUGGUCAGAGAAUGUGUGGUGGUGGGAGUGGUUUCCCGUCACCAAAUCAUGGCUUCGAGAGCACUGA